GUGCAUUGUCGCAGCUUUUAAAAUAUUGUAUUUCAUAACAUUGCAUUUAUAUUUUUUUAAGUAAUUUUAUACAUUUCCCGAAAUUUGCGAUUCGUUUAAUAAAACUAUCAUUAAAAAUUUGUUACUUUAAAAAAAAUAUGUAACUUACGAUAGUUGAAAAACAAGUGAUCUAUUAUUGUAUUCUUCAUACAUUACCAUUUGUUUACAUUUUAAAAUGUCUCUUGAACUGCAUUUUAGAAGGUCCGAUUUUCCUAUAGAUUGGAAUGAUGACAUUCGCAUGAAUUUUUUAUUUAGUCCUUUUCGGGAAAGAUCUGUUAACCCUGAAGGAUAUGAUGCUAAAAUAAAUUUUUGGAUUAGUACUAUCCAAGAUCUGUGCAUGAAAAGUCAAUGCCCUGUCAUUAGUAAUACUGCGUUGUGUGCUGCUUUCGAUAGGAAAAAUCGACAACCUGUUUGUCUCGACAUUGUAUUAGAAAAUAUGAUGAGGCAAGGCUUGAUAAUGAGAAUGAAUGAUUAUACCAAAAUAGAACAAGAAAAAGGAUGGCUUGGUUGGAGUUUCGAUAUGCUUGUACAAAAGCCAGUUUCUUGGGGAUUUUCAUCAGUUCACAGCCUUUUGAAUUUUAAUAAAACAGAAGAAAAGUUCAUCAUCUUAUCAGUUGUCAAAGAUCUAUCUGCAAAGAUAUUAAAGCGUUAUUAUGAACUGAUUGAUACAAAAUGGACAGACAAUGCAGUGUUUCUAGAACAUUUAAGACAAGAAUGCAAAGAUAUCUGUUCAGAGUCGAAUUUUGAACUUGCUGUAAUGCAAUUACAGAGAGAAAAAAUUGCAUCUGUAUUUGAAGAGUAUGGUGAAAAGGUAAUCAAAUUCAGAAAAUUUGAAGAAAAGAAAAUUGAGCCUCUAUCAGAAAUAGAUAAAGGUGUUUUAAGCUUGAAACGAGCAAGAGAUACAAUUUUGGAUGAUAUGGAUGCUCUUGAAACAAGCAUUUUAAGCUGUGAGGAAGAAGCAAAGAACUUGGUGAAGAAAGGAUUUAAAAGCAAAGCCAUGCUAUCCUUGAAGAAGAAAAAGCGUCUUGAAACAUUGUUGAAAAAGAAAAGUAUUGCUUUUGAUAAUAUUGAAAAUCUUUUGUGCCAACUGAAAAAUACUGGAACUGAGAAAAUGGUAUUGGAAGCAUAUCGUACAGGUGUGCAGGCUAUGAAGCGAACAACUACUGGAGAGUUAGACUUGGAUAAUAUUGAUGUAGUUAUGUCUGAUGUUCAAGGAGUUUUGGAGGAUUACAAUGAAGUCCAAAGUACUUUGUCUAAAUCAGUAACAGCAGAUGACAGUUUAGAAGAAUUUGAAGAGGAGUUGGAGAAUCUCAUUGCUGAAGAUAAGAGUCCUGUAAAAGAAAAACGAAGGAAAGAAUCUACUCCAAGAGUUAAUGAUGAUGAAUUGCUAAAAAGAUUGGAAGCUCUGAGAGCUCCACCUGAAGAUAUUUCUCCUAUAAAGAAGCCAACAACUGUGCAGAAGCCAUUGAGAGCUCCUUAAAUUACUUGAAACUGUUUUGUAUAAGUGUAGUUGCUUUUAAAUAUCACACACAUGAAUCUAUGGAGUGUUUUUUAAUGUAAAUUAUUUUUAUACAGUUUUUAUUGAGUCUUGUUUUUUUUAUCACCCGGUUGCAAUUUUAAUUUCAUAUUUUACAAUGAAUAUACAAUCACCAUAAUCAUAGCAUAUUUUAUGUUUUACUAAAGUAAUUAGUCACACAUAUUUCCAAACAAACCUUUGUAUAUGUAUGUAUAUAUGUGUAGUGAUAAAAGUGUAAUUUAAUCAUGAUAAAGAGAAAAUAGGUAAUCUUUGUAAGAUUUUGCAUUUAUUGAAAGAAAAAGUGAAAUUUAUAAUGCAUUUGUAGUAUGUAUAAUAUUGUCUAAUUGAUUAUAAUGUGUGUAGCUAUAAAUGCAUUAUAUUUUAAAUGCAUGUAAGAUGUGUUCAAAAAUUUUCCUUUUUUUUUUUUUUUCAAUAUUUCACAUUUAUGUUCAAUAUGUUUUGAUGUUCCGUCCUACUUUGUGCACACUGUUGUGUCCUGUAUUGUUUUCAUUUGUUGCAGAAAAAGAAUGGCAAAUUGUCAAUAAAUAUUACAGUUAAAAUAAUUUUGAUUUUUUUUUCAAACAUUGCUCUUUUAAUUGUUUUUCAAUCUUUGCUAUUUUGAAAACUUUACCAAUAUGAAGACAAUGCUUGAUUGUCCUUUAUUAUUACUAUACAACCUCAUAAAAUAAUGUUUUUAAAGUAGAAACAUAUUUGUAUGAUAUAAAACAUCUAAAUUGUGGUGUAACAUAUAACAUGUAUAAUUUUUAUUAGUAUUAUAAUGCUAAGUUAUUUUCUUUAGUUGAUAUUUUUGAUUCUGAAUAUAAGAACAAUUUUAAAAGAAGAGAAAAUAUUGCAAAAAAAAAAAAAAAAAAAAAAAAAUCUGUUAAGCAUUUAGUUAUUCCAUCAACUUAAAUAACUUCAUUAAUUGGAGAUGAAAGCUGAAUUUCAACAAGAAAAGUGAUUCUGAACACUUAUUUUUAACAUAUAAUAUCAUAAAUGUCUGAAAUCCUAAUUUUGAUGCUGGAAAAUUGAAAAUUUUAUGAAAAAUGAUAAAAGCAAUUGAAAUUAUAUAUAAAGAGUAUCAUGAUGAGGACUUCAGCCAUCAAGUUUACAUAAGUAAAGUUUUCUUAUGUCACAUUUUCGCAUAUUUGGGUAAUUUAUAACUAUUUGUGAUUAGAUAAAUUUUCUAACAAAUAAGAUGUAUAAUUGCUUUUGUGCAUGUAAUGAGUUUUUAAAUUUGUACUUAACCAUAUAAAUCAUAUAUGCACCACUCAGUCUUGACAGUAUAGAAGCCAUGUGAUGUAUAACUUAUGUAGUUAAAUAAAUAAGAUAUGAUUAGUAUAUGUUGCCUGUGUUCUCAGCAAAUUAUAAUAAAGAAGGGUGCUAAGGAAUCAACAGUUUUUUUAACAUUGCUUUCAUUCAAUUUGUAAAUAUUGUAGCAUUUUUAUAUUUAUGAAAAAAUUAUUAAAGCUGUUUGAAAAAUUCAGAAUAAAAAAAACUUUCCUACAACUUUGUGAAAAUAUGUUACUUUAGUUAAUAUGUGUGAAAUGAAUGACAGUUAUUUUUUUUUUAUUUUUGUUUCUAUUAAAAUUUAAUUUUAUUCUUCAUUACAUUGCUUGCUUUUGUAAGAAAGUUAAAUAAGCUGUGUUACUUUGAGUUUUUUCUUGUUUUAAACAUUUUAUGUGAUGAUAAUUUUUGUAUUUAAAACCCUG